AUCAUCGUUGUCCUUUUUCAAAAUGCCGCUCCUUGCGAAGGAAAAUAUCGAUAUACCCACGAAGGAUAUCCUUUCUUGGGCAUGUGAUAACUCUGGUUUUGAUCAGAACAAACCGAUUUACAUCGAUGCAGCGGAUCCUUCAAACUCAAUAUCCGCCGCGCAAGCCACGACUCUAAUCCGCAAACUUGUCGCGGGAUUCAAACAGGCGGGUCUAGAGAAUGGCGAUACAGUGCUUAUCCAUUCUUUCAACAACAUCUACUAUCCAAUUAUCGUCCUGGGUAUCAUUGGCUUUGGCGGAGUGUUUACUGGCACGAAUCCGAGCUACACGACACAUGAACUAAAACACGCAAUCUCAGCAUCGAAAGCGAAGUGUGUAAUUUCAGAACCAGAAAUUCUGGAAGCGAUUACUGCGGCGGCGAAGGAUGUUCCGAUUCCGAGUUCCCGAAUUCUAGUGCUAAAUUCCACGGAGAAGGAGGAAUUUGAUGAUGGGCAACAAUCCUGGAGGAGCCUAUUAAACCAUGGUGAAGAAGACUGGCACAGAUUCGACUCAGAGGAAAUAUCCAAAGACACAACAGCAAUGCUCCUCUUCUCAUCCGGCACAACCGGACUCCCAAAACCCGCAAUUCUCUCCCACCACAACCUCAUCGCCCAACACCACAUCGUCUUCGAGCACAAGCCCCGACCUUACGAUCUCUCUCGGCUCAUCGCCCUCCCCAUGUUCCACGCCGCCACUGCUCCCUCCACACAUACCUCCGCUCUCCGUUCCGGACACGCGCAGUACAUUAUGCGCCGCUUCGAAGUCAACGCCUUCAUGGCCUACGCCGAAAAAUACCGCAUCACAGACCUCACGCUCGUACCUCCCAUGGUCACCGCGAUCGUCAUGUCACCUCUCCCUCCACCGCAGAAAAAACAGCAUCUGCAGCACGUUAAAGCCGCUUUCGCCGGUGCUGCACCCCUAGAUAAAGCCAUGCAAGCACGUUUCCAAUCCCUACUUUCCCCUUCCACCCCAUUCACUCAGAUCUGGGCUAUGACCGAAACAUCGUGUUUCGCAUCUUUGUUCCACUAUCCUGAGAACGACGACACCGGCUCCGUUGGUCUCUUCUUACCGAACCUAGACGUCAAACUCGUUGACGAGCACGGGACCGAUAUUUCCUCCCACGGCGUUCGUGGCGAGCUCUGUGUGCGCGGACCAACCAUCAUCAGAGGUUACAUGGGCGUCGACCGAUCCCAGGAUUUCGAUGCCGAGGGGUAUUUCCGCACCGGCGAUAUCUUGUACUGCGACCCCCAGUCCGGGAAAUGGUAUAUCGUUGACCGUAAAAAAGAGCUUAUUAAAGUCAGGGGGUUUCAAGUAGCCCCAGCGGAGCUCGAGGGGGUAUUGCUGGACCAUCCGAAUAUUGUGGAUGCAGCAGUCAUUGGGAUUCCCACGCCGGAGGGGGACUCGGAGUUGCCGAGGGCGUAUGUGGUGAAGAAGGAAGGGGUAGGGAAAGAGUUGGGAGAAGAACAUGUUAGAGCGCAUUUGGAGGAGAGGUUGGCGAAGUAUAAGAGGUUGGAUGGGGGUGUGAAGUUUGUGGACAUGAUCCCGAAGACGCCCAGUGGGAAGAUUUUAAAGAGGGUUUUGAGGGAGCAGGCGAAGAGGGAGGUUGGGGCUAAAUUAUAAGGAGUUCGAUUAUUAAACCUUAUCUGGAUUGGGAAUUUAAGUGUAACUACAAUGUAUUAACUUGGCAUGCGUAUCUGAUAUCCCACUCCCGCGUCUGAGACCUAAUAAUGGUGUUCAAGUAUUUCCACAAAGUGAAGGGAUAAUCGCACGAGAUACUGGACCCCUGCUCUGCACUCUUCACUC